AUGGCUGAAGUGGACGCUCUGCCCACGUUUGGCGCCGAAUUGAAGGAUGGCUUCAAGCCCGCGAACGCGUGGGUCAGCCACGGCAUCACCUGGCUCGAAGACAUACAACAGUUCUACCGCGAACGAAGCGCCAUCGAGAAGGAGUAUUCUGGAAAGCUGAAUGCACUGGCGAAGAAGUACUUUGAGAAGAAGAAUAAGAAGACAGCGGCCCUCAGCGUAGGCGACACGCCCACCAUGACGCCUGGCUCUCUGGAGAGCGCAUCCUUGACGACCUGGACGACGCAGCUGACAACGCUGGAAAAUCGCGCCGACCAACAUGAUCGAUAUGCCAACAAUCUCGUCUCGCAAGUGGCCGAACCUCUGCGGUUCCUCGGCACGCGCUUCGAAGAGCUUCGUAAACGCCACGCCGACUUUGCGGCCAAACUUGAAGCCGAGCGCGAUGCCCAAUACGCCGAUCUUCGGAAGGUCAAGGCCAAGUACGACGCAUCGUGCCAAGAGGUGGAGAGUAAGCGCAAGAAGGCCGAAUCCUCCUACGACAAGGCCAAGGCGCAGAGCUCGUACCAACAGCACAUUUAUGACAUGAACAAUGUCAAGAAUACAUAUCUCAUCGCCAUCAACGUAACAAAUAAGCAAAAGGAGCAGUACUACCACGAAUACGUCCCCGAGGUCAUGGACAGCUUGCAAGACUUGUCUGAAUUCCGAACCGUCAAACUGAAUGGCUUGUGGACGGUGGCGUCGCAACUCGAAGCCGGUCUCCUCCACCAGGGACAUGGUUUGAUGGAGACAUUAACGUCGGAAAUUACUCGAAACCAACCGCAUCUCGACUCUCUGAUGUACAUGCAGCACAACGUGGGCACCUGGCAGGAACCCGCCGACAAGACAUUUGAGCCGAGUCCCGUGUGGCACGACGAUGACUUGAUGGUGGUCGACGAGUUUGCCAAGGUUUUCUUGCGCAAUGUACUGGGCAAGUCCAAGGGUCAGCUGGGUGACCUUCGCCGUGAAGUGGACAAGAAGAGGCGGGAGGUUGAGGGCGUGAAGACACUCAAGCAGCGAGUCCGCAACGGCGCCGAAAAGAAGGACGAGGUCACUGUUGUGACGCAGCUCUUUGCUCUACAGGAGGAACUGCAUGCUGUGGACAGGAAGAGAGUGACGGCAGAAGUCGAAACGUCAACCAUUACCUCGGUCGUCGGCGACGUGACGCUGGGUGCCAAAAACCACAACUUCAAGGGCCAGACCUUCAAGAUUCCGACCAACUGCGAUCUCUGCGGCGAGAGGAUCUGGGGCUUGUCUGCCAAGGGGUUCGAUUGCAGGGACUGUGGCUACACGUGCCACAGCAAGUGCGAGAUGAAGGUGCCCGCCGACUGUCCCGGCGAGCAGACGAAAGAGGACCGCAAGAAGCUCAAGGCGGAGCGGCAGGGUGCCGCAAAUGCGCUGCUCAAGCCUUCCAAUGGGACGUCAGGUCACGCGGCAGAACUACCGAGCCUCAGCAGGACAAACACGAUGAACUCGUUGAGCUCAGGAUAUGCACAUAGCGCCCAGCGAUCCGUUUCCGGCUCCAUCUCGGGUCCCCGAUCACCAAUAGAUGAGACGCCACCGCCAGUUGAGCCGACGAGCCCAAGACCGACGACGGCCGCGCCAUCGACCGUCAGUACGGCGACGGCGCGCAAAAACCGCAUCAUGGCCCCGCCCCCGACUGCAUACAUUAGCGAACUGCCUGGCAGUGCCCCCAACGGGUCAUCGUCGAGCGCAGACCACCAGAGUGGCAAAAUGCUGUAUAGUUUCGAAGCCUCGGGCGAUGGAGAGCUCAGCGUAGCCGAAGGACGCGAAGUCAUUCUGCUCGAGCCUGAUGAUGGAUCGGGAUGGCUCAAGGUUCGUGCUGGCUACAAAGAGGGCUUGGUGCCGGCCACAUACGUCGAGAUUUUGGCAGCACCGACUCCAGCACCAGUCAUAGCGCAGCACACGGGGGCUUCAGGCCGGCCAGACUCGACGUAUAGCAACUCUGGGUCGUCCGUUGGGACUGCGGGCAUGGCGAAGAAGAAGGGACCGGCGGUGGCGCCGAAGCGGGGAGCGAAGAAGCUCAAGUACGUCGAGGCGAUUUACGAAUACACAGCACAGAGCGACACGGAGCACAGCAUGGUCGAGGGAGAGAGGUUUGUGCUCAUCAAGGAGGAUCCAGGCGACGGAUGGGCCGAGGUCGAAAAGGGGGGUCAAAUCAAGAGUGUUCCGGCGAGCUACGUGCAGGUCGUCUAG